GUCACGGGCUGCAUCGCCGGUACCCCUGGCAUCAUCUGCAUCCCAGGUGCCCACCCCGACAUAAUCUGCAUACCGGGAUGCAUUCCCGGUACUCCCUACCAUCCCGGCAUACUAACCCCGCCUGCCAUCCCAGGCAUACCACCACCGGCUGCCAUCCCGGGCAUCAUCUGCUGCCACGGGUACAUGUUGUAGUACCCGGGUAUCGGACCCCAUUCACCUUCCACGGGUACCGAGGGAGUUUGAGACCCGCUCGUCACUGGAGUACCUUCGUUGUUGUUAUCCAUUUCGCGUUGUUGCUCUUAUACAUAAAUUAAGAUAGAGAGAAUAAUCGUUAAAACAAGCGGUGCAAAUGAAAAUGACGUGCAAAUCGCGUAUAUAUAGUGUUUCGAAAAUUAAAAAAAAAAUUCGCUCGCCGAUCCGGAGCCUGCAAUGGCGGCCAACGGAUCGGUGAGCGCAUCCGCCAGCGCUCGAAAAUCGGCGUGCGCUCGCCGAUUUUUUCACCGAAAUUCGGCUAGCCGGUUACAAUGGUUCGGUGAGCGGUCCGGCUAGCCGUCAUUGUGGAUGCUCUUAUAGGAUGCAGCCAAACACGUGUCACCUGUGGUUGUUUCCUAUCUGUAAUAAUUUUUAAUUAUAUUUUUUAAUUAACAAUUUUCUACUAUUACAUUCGUUCUAUAAAAAUAGAAUUUUAUUAAGUUUAUUAUUUUUUAAAAAAUUAUAUUUACUUUUUGAGAAAGUAAAUGACAAUGUACAUUUUUCGAUUUACUUCUCCUCUUCAUAAAAAUUGACUAUUUUUAUACGACAAAAAGAAGUGGAGUACUCCGUAUUUAAUGUUAUAUGCAUACACUUACAUGGUCGCAUAGGAUUCUAGGAUUCUUGGAACCCCACCGAUUUAAAAUUUAUCUUUACAUUAGAUUAUAUAUUCAGACGAUUAAUAUGCUACAUAUUUUAUGUGAGCUCCUCAUAUGAGUAUCACUCCGUGUAAAGCAUGUUUAUCGUUAUUUGUUCUGAUUUAUAUAUUUGUUGGUUUCUAAUACAUUAAAAAUGUUAUUGAAAUUUAAUUAAUACUAUAAAAUAAGAUCCCUCAUAUGCGUGAAUAUUUAUUUUGCAUAUUCUAGAAAUGUAUUAUUUAAUUUAAUUAUCUACUUAAGUCACGAUACUACUUUGGUAGUAGAUAGAAAUGAGGUAAAUAAAUAGAAGCCACAACUAAAUUUAGUCAUUUCGAGAAAGACAACUUAAUUGUGCACCAUACACUGCAAGCUCGUUAUUAGGCAACGUAAGAUACAAUUACACAUGCUAUAACUUAUUACGAUAAUGGAAAAAUAAAUAUGAAAUUAAAAUUCUUAUUCUUCACAAAUAAAGUUAUGUUAGUAACAAACUGAAGCCAACAGAAAUAGUCGAUUCAUGCUCCAUUUCUGGUUAAAAAAUUAUUCGGUUCGUUUUUGCAUGUGAAUACCUUAAAUAGAAAAUAAACGGUUGCUGCGAUAUUAGGAGCUUUUUUCCCAGAAUAAUUUUGCACUCACUUCAAUUUUGCUAUUUAUGCUUCCAUUUUCACCCACACUUUCAAUCCUUCAAUUUUCAAUCCUUCAAUUUCUUCGCAUUCUUCAGCCAAAACACAACCAAAUCGAGCGUUAGUCUCCUCUAGAUUAGGCAUUUUCAACUUACCGUCAUGAUCUGUGCAUCGAGAAUUUUUCAUCACUGUACAAAGGUGAUCCAUUGAUUUCCAUAAUUAAUUGCUUUAUUUCUCUGUAAUGGAUGCAUGCAUUCGCAAUUUUUUUUCCUGAUCAAUUUUCUGCUCUGCGUCUUCCUUUUUGUGUGCGAGUACGAAUUGGAUUCGUUUUGUGAUCUGCAUGUUUUUAACGAAACGUAGGUGAGCUCAAUUGGAAAUGAUUUGGUCUGUAAUUUGAGGAUUUUGCAGCUAAUUUGAUCGAUUUGAGCUGCACUGUUUUCGGAAAAUUGUGUAGCAGCAAUUCUGUUGAAUUUUAUUUGUUUAUACCCGAGGAUUGAAUUUUGUCACAAAUAGAGAGGAUUUACGCCUGCUUCACGUUUGAGCUGCUGUGGAUGGAGAUGCUAAUAUUUAUAGUGAUAAUAGCUUAUUAUCCUACUAAUCUGCUGAUCAGUAAUUUAUGAAAUAGUAGUGGAAACUGACAAUUCAUGAGAAUGGGGAAGUAGAAGAAGUCCAGCAAGGGGGUUUUGGAGUGGAAGUAGACGAAGAGGUUAAUUCAAAUUAAAAUUUUCUUUGAAUGUGGAAUCAGCCAAUAAAUUCUACUUGGGAUGGUUUGAAAUGGGUAAAAUCAAAUUUUAUGGUGUUUUCACCUUGAUUGUAAUGGUUCCAUGUAAUUAAUUACCAGUCAAUAUUGGAACUAUUUAACUUAUCAUUUAUAUGGAGAUGGGAGUUGAUUAAGAAAUAACAUUAGGUGCAUGCUAUGGAUUUUGCUCACUAACAAAAUAGGAACUCUAGCAUUGUCUUGGCUGUUUCCUCGAGAAUCAUGUUCAAUGACGUCAUAUUUCUUUGUUCUCACUCUACAGCUCAGACAUACACACCAUGCUAUACAAAAAGACCGUGCUUUUCUCGUAUGCUGGUUUACCCAUCAUGCCAGGACGGAUGCCAAUCAUAUAGAUGAUGUUCCGAGGUCCAGCCAACUUGAUCUUGGACCUGGAGACAAGUAUGUUACUUCAAUGUUUUCCAUCAGAAGCUCUUCUUGUCAAAGUCUCCAUCCAAUCAAUCAAACACCGAUUUCAACUGUUAGAAUGGAGAAAGGAAAUCUUUUAAGGACAGCAAUAAAGGGUCAUUCCCCUGCAACGACCUCAGUGUACAAAAAGAGCCAACAGCGGAACUUCAUCAGAUAUUAUUCUACAGAUUCAGGUCUUCCACCACACCAAGAGAUAGGGAUGCCUUCAUUAUCACCCACAAUGACCGAGGGAAAUAUUACAAAGUGGAUGAAAAAGGAAGGAGAAAAACUUACACCCGGAGAUGUACUGUGCGAAGUGGAAACUGAUAAAGCAUCAGUUGAAAUGGAAUGCAUGGAGGAAGGAUAUCUAGCAAAAAUUGUUCUCGGGGAUGGAUCAACUGGAAUUAAAGUUGGUGAGAUAAUUGCUGUAACAGUGGAGGAAGAGGAGGAUCUUGCCAAAUUUAAAGACUACUCUCCAUCAAUAUCUGAUGCUGCAGCUUCGUCCAAAGAACCCUCACCGCAAACUCCAACCAAAGAAGAGAGUCCCGAAGUGGCGGCAACCAACACAGAGCAAUCAUCAGCAGGGGGGCGUAUUUUCACUGGCCCUCUCACCAGUAUGCUUGCAAAAGAUGAUAAGGUACAUAUUUCAAAUACCAAAGGAACAGGUCAUGAUGGACGUGUUCCGAAGAUCGAUAUAAAAGAUAGUCCUGCUUCAGGUGGCAAAGAAGUUUCCCCUGCCCUAGACUACAUAGACAUGCCACAGACUCAAAUAGGAAAGGUGGCAGCAUCACGUCUGUUGCAAUCGAAACAAACCAUUCCACACUACUACCUAACUGUAGAUACAUGUGUCGACAAGCUAAUGGAACUGCGUAUCCAUCUGAAUUCGUUGCAAGAAGCUUCAGGUGGGAGAAGGAUAUCUGUCAACGAUCUUGUCAUUAAGGCUGCUGCUAUGGCUCUUAGAGAGGUUCCUCAGUGCAAUAGUUCGUGGACCAAUGAUUAUAUUCGCCAGUAUCGUAAUGUGAAUAUUAAUAUUGCUGUGCAAACGGACAACGGAUUGUGUGUGCCUGUAAUCAAGGAUGCUGACAAGAAAGGUUUAUCAGGAAUCGCUAAGGAAGUUAAGCAUUUAGCUGAGAAAGCAAGAGAGAACAGCUUAAAACCUGAAGAUUAUGAGGGAGGUACAUUCACCGUAUCAAACUUGGGAGGGUCUUCUGGCGUCGAGCAAUUCCGUGCAAUCGUCAACCCACCCCAAGCAGGCAUUCUAGCCGUUGGAUCUGCUGAAAGGAGGGUGAUACCUGGCUCCGGACCCAAGCAAUACGAGUUUGCUUCGUUCAUGACUGCCACAUUAAGCUGUGACCAUCGCGUAGUAGAUGGUGCCAUUGGAGCAGAGUGGCUCAAGGCAUACAAAGGCUACAUCGAGAAUCCACAGUCUAUGUUGGUCUAAGUUGAACCACGCUUGUUCGUUUCUUCGAAGCAUGAGGAUGUUAGUAAUAAAGCCAUAUGCUAUGUUCGUAGUUGUAGGCUUGGAGACAAGCACGCGAGAGCUCCAUAUUUUCCCUAUCGAAUUAUGAUUCAUUUAGAGAGUGAAAAUUUGGCAUCCCAAGUUUUUUCUGUCUGCAAACCAUUGUUCAUAUUAACUGUUAUUCCAAAUAAGAUUUAUGAUAGCGAGUACCUAUCUUGACUCCUGAGCA